AUGGUCUGGGUCAUCCCAGAGACCAACGAGGUCUUCGUUAACUACGAGCCCUAUCUCCAGCGAAUGGACUUUUACAAGCAGCGGCGGUUUAUUUGCGAGAUAACAGGCCACUCGGGCCUGACAUUCUUCGAGGCGCUUAGAAGUGAAAUGGAGGAAUCGCGCGAAGUGAACAGCUCGUUCCCCGAAGCAUUGAAGGAGCCCAUCCUGCGCCGGAUUCAGUUUUCAACAGUAUCGCGGGUCGAUAAUCUUGUGGACGAGAUUUUUGAGGAAUACAAGCAAGACUUCUAUCCCGGGGAGUCUGUUUUAAUCUUACUAGAUGACAAUACUCGGCUCCACGGUAUCAUCAGAGACAAAGUGAACUUUCCGGACCAGCUUAACCCCGAUGGAACGCUUCAAAGGCCAGCCUACGCCACCUAUCUUGUCAGAGUUACGGACCGUCCGAACGAAGAGGCGUUGUUGGAUCAGGAGCACCUUACGCGCGACCGGAAGACAUUCACCAAGCAAAUGCUGCGCGCGUUUAUCAAAAACAACGUGACGAGAGAAUCGUGGAACGGUGCACCCUGGCUUGUCAAGUCCUCCAUCGCCGAGGAGUACAGGAUCGCUACCGAGGUACCGAAACAUCUGCAAUAUGGCGCCAAGGUGGCUGAAAAGAAAGCACUGAAGAAGGCCGACCAGGAGGGAUUCUUUGGGUUCUUCGCAUCGCAGCAAUUGCCGGAAUUAAAGCCGGCAGUCAAAGGCCCGAAAUCCAAGCCUUCGCAACAGGACUUGGCUCGGAACAAAGAGGCCCAAUUCCUCGAGUAUCAACGCUCGCUUAACGGCAACCCAACUUUUGUCGUCUCCAACAAACCCACCAAUGGCACCCCUCGUUCAUCAAAGACACAGGAGACGGAGAAGAAGCCGCAACCAUCCCCUGUGGUUGUCGUCAAGGCCGAGCCUCCAAAGGAGCCUACUCCCCCGCCAAUCAAGUACCCCAUCGAGGAUUUGGAUAUUGCCCCGGAUCACGAAAAGAAAAAGCAGCGCCCCGACCUGAAAUCUUUGAGCGUCGAUGAGACCGAUGACCCGGAGGAUGAGGAUCUUCUGCACGAUGACAUCGAGGAGGAAUCAGUCGGGCGCCUGCUGGAGACGUGGAAUACCCUCAAUGUGUACUGCGAAGUCUUCCAGCUCGAUUCCUUCACCUUCGACGACUUUUUCCAGGCCAUGCGAUUCUCGUCCAAGGACGUGGACUGUCAACUCUUUGUGGAAGUUCAUUGCGCGGUCCUGAAGAAGCUGGUCAAUGCGGAAAAAGACGAGAACGGCGCCGUUCAGAUAUCCCUGCCGGAACUUCCCAACCAAGAAGAGGACUCUGAGGCGGAGGAGGAAGAGGAAGAGGAACCGACUCCCGAGCCUGAGCCCGUCGUAACGAGAAUGACGACGCGGAGUAGUUUGGCGAAGGCCGAGGCGGAGAACCUCAAGGCGCAGGCAAACCUUGACCUUGAAAGUCCAGAGGAGGUCCAGCUCCAUCGGGCUGCUGAGAUGUUUGGGGAGUAUGGUUGGAUUGACCGCUUGCGCAAACGUGAUUUUCGCAAUGGUGGAUGGGAGUUGGUCAUGAUUGGACUUUUGCAUCAGCUGGCAGGUCGCCCCCGGAUGGAGAAGGCCUGCAACGACAUCCUCAAGCACCUGGCUCCCCUGGAUGCAGAACCCACCCAGGACACCGCGCAAGCUCAAUACUCGACUCUCGAUAUCAACCUGCGUAUCCGGGCCCUCCAGAUUAUCUGCAUGCUUAGCUUGGAGACCAAAGCCAUUCGCAUCUACCUGGAGGAAUGCAGUAAUCAGAUGACGGAGUUCCGCAAAGAGAAAAUCGAAUACCAGAAGGCCCGGAAAGCAGGCCUUGAAGAGCUCCGUCGGUUACACCAAGAGCGCAAAGCUCUUCAGCCCGAGCCCGAGAAAUCGCCGAGCCCGGUACCUGAGCUUGAGGCAUUGGAAGACUCCAAGAUGACCGGAGUCGAUGGAGAUUCCGACCAAGCCAUGGACUCCGAUGAGGAUGUCCCUGUGCGAACCCUCCGAGGAGGCGCGGAUAGGGCUCUAGAGAGGAAACGCAAGCAGGACGAAGAGCGGGAGCGGAAAGAACAGCUCGCCAAGCAGCCCAAGGGAUCCAAACAGUUCCAAAGAGUGCUUAAAAAGAUCGAAGACCAAAAAGCCAAUAUCAAAAAGCUCGAGGACAAGAUCAUGGUCAUCGACAAUGACCUAAGGGAGGCUGACUGCCCGCGGACCAGAUGUCUUGGGAAAGACCGCUUUUGCAACCGCUACUGGUGGUUCGAGCGGAAUGCGAUGCCCUACGGCGGAAUGCCCAACAGCUCGACUGCAGAAGCCCAGUACGCCAACGGUCGAUUGUGGGUUCAAGGACCGGAUGAAAUGGAGCGCGUGGGAUUCAUUGACGUUCCGGACGAGCUGGAGAAGGCAUACCAGAAGGAAUUCCAGACAACCCCGGCGGAGCGCAAGAAGGCCGAAGAAGGACCCACGGGACUCACUAAUGCGAACGAGUGGGGUUACUAUGAUGACCCAGAUGCCAUCGAGAAACUGCUGGAUUGGCUUGACUCGAGGGGCAACCGUGAAUCGAAACUGCGCAAGGAGCUGCUGUUGCAGCGCGAAAACAUCGCCAAGUACAUGGAGGGUCGGAAAGAGUAUCUGGAGCACACGUCGGAGAGAGCGGAAUCGGAAGAGCCGCCCGCCAAACGCAUGACAACGCGGAAUAAGGCGUACCAGGACGAUCACAAGCAUCGCUGUAUGCGGUGGCGAAACACCACCGCGCUGUCCGACAACGGUCAUCUCCAUGUGGAUGCCUCGCGGCCUACGAAGCGGGCCAAGCGAGCCACCGACGACCCCAAGGACCUCAAGGCGACGAACCGCCAGGGCAAACCGCUCACCCGGCAGGGCACACGAUACCACUUCUAGAGAGGCCCGGUUUUCUUUCUUCUUUUCUUCCUGGAUUUACGGGUGUUUAGCGGGUCUGGAAUGCGCGUUGAGGGUACACUUGGAGCAUCCCGCAACCAAAAGGUGGUCUUUCUAUAGAUUUGCAUGAGCGACGUGACCAUGAGACUUUGGAUUCCAGCAUAUAUUUAUAUACUAUACAUCUACCCUGUUUGUGCGGUGUUUGGGUUGGGGUUUCGAUAGACGGGAUU